AUGAGCGAUUGGCAAGGCGUCUAUCCCGCGGUCACCACCCAGUUCACCACCGACCAAAAGGUCGACCUGCCGGCGACUUCACGUCACGUCGAGGCCCUGGCCGAGGCCGGCGUCGACGGCAUCGUCAUGCUCGGUACCCUCGGCGAAGGCACCUCGCUGUCGUUCGAGGAGAAGCUAGCAGUGCUCGAGGCCACUCGCGAUGUUUGCGCGGGCCGGCUGCCGGUGUUGAGCUGCGUGGCCGAAUACACCACCGCUGGCGCCUGCCAAAUGGCUGAGGCUGCCGAGGGCCUCGGGCUCGACGGUCUGAUGGUGCUGCCGGCGAUGGUCUACAAAUCCGAUGUCCGCGAGACCCUGACCCACUUCCGCACCGUGGCACGGGCCAGCGGACUACCGGUGAUGGUCUACAACAACCCGGUUUCCUAUGGCGUCGACAUCACCCCCGAGAUGUUCGGUGAGCUCGCCGAAGAGCCCACCCUGGUGGCGAUCAAGGAGUCCUCGGACGAUGUGCGGCGGAUCACCGACAUCAUCAACGUCUGCGGCGACCGUUUUCAGCUCUUCUGCGGUGUCGACGAUCUGGCUCUCGAAGCAAUCGUCAUGGGAGCGGUGGGCUGGGUGGCCGGGCUGGUCAACGCUUUUCCCCACGAGACGGUGGCGAUCUGGCGGUUGAGCCAGGCCGGCGAGCUCGGCCGGGCGCGCGAGAUUUAUCGCUGGUUUGCCCCGGCGCUGCACCUGGAUACAGACAUCAAGCUGGUGCAGUACAUCAAGUUGGCGGUGCAGGAGUGCGGUUUGGGCAACGAGGCGGUGCGGGCGCCCCGGUUGACUUUGGCCGGCGAAGAACGCGACCGGGUGCUGGCGGUGAUCCGUCAGGCGAUCGCCAGCCGGCCGACACUUGGCAGUGCGACCUAUCCGAAAGAGCAGUACGACAGCGCCUAUGAAGGCGGUGAGAAUCGCGCCGAGCAGGCCGGCUGGGAAAACGCCGAGGUUACCCAACAGGAAGCCGCUGAGGAAGGCACCGGCAAUGCCGACUACGAUGUUGCCGAGCAGGCCGAAGCCCAGCCCUUUCAUGACUUGACCGGCGAGAAAGCCGGCAAUCGCGCCGACGAUCAGAACACUAGAGAAUGUCCAUCAGGGUCUCCUUGCUGGUUACUCCGGGCUAGCCCACGCACCGCGACCUAG